AUGGGAAACGAGCUAUACAAACCAGAUAGACAGACUACCCUAGUGCCUACUAAUUCUGAGAAUUUAUUGAAAUGGGCAAAGUGUUAUAAAACUCCUCAACCAGUACCAAACUAUAAAAGAAGAAGGUUUAGAUCAGGUGAAAUAGUAACAAUUUCAAGCGACGAAGAAGGUCAUUAUGAGAUAAAGCAACCAGAAGUCGAUAGAGAAGAAGAGAAAGAAGAGAAAGAAGAGAAGAAAUUGCCUCUCAUUUCUCUUGAAAAACAACUAGUAACUCAAGAUGAAAUUAAACCAACCUACAAGGAGGCUCCACUGUUUUUUGCUGAGAGAAAAAGAGAACGGAAAAGAAUGACCAGAUCAUACCUAUUGUCUCAGAAAGAUCCUUCUGAAGAUUCAAGAAGGGAAGAAGUAAAGAGAAUAUUCGAGGAAGCUCCAGAUACAAUUGAAAUAUUAAAGAGAUUACAAGAUAUUAAAGGAGAGCCCAUUCCAUCAGUCCACGAGGCUUACAUACUUUGGCUAACAGGCCUAAAGAAGCAAGACAAGUAUUUCAUAGCUUCUGUAUUAGACUAUAAGUUUCCAUCCUAUGAUGAACUUUGGAUCAAGAGUAUUGCAAGAUUUACAGGAAACGAUCUUGAAAAUUUGAAGAAGUUCUUGACUAAUUGUGCCCCAAAGACUCUUGGAAAUAUCUUCGUGAAUGAUAAAUCUCAAAUGACCUCACUUGGCAGGUACAUUGAGCCUCUACAACCAACUUUGAAAGUAGUUAGACGGAAGAUUAGUCUGCAUAAUCUUAAUAUUUCAACUACAUGUUUGAAAUCUUUGCUGAACGCUUCAGAGAAAGCCCAAUUUCUAAGCCUUAUUUCGUGAGUGUUGAUCUGUGAUGCAGGAGUCAAAGUUGAAGACAAGAUUGCAAGUUACCAAGAGAUUAUCCUCAAGGACACAUUCAAAUUCUGUGGGACUCUCAAUAACACUUUAUUUGGCGCUUUUCUUGAAGCCAUCUCAGAGACUAACUUAAAGGAUUCACUCAAGAGAUUUACUCUAAAAGGAAUGGAAGCAGAUCUCGAUGAAGCAGAAGGUUUCCUUCAGAAAUAUGGAUUCGAAAAGACUAAGAUCAUUCAAGAGGAGGUUAUAAAACCAAUGCCAAAGCCUAAAAUUGCGAAGAUGUCUAUGAAUAAGCGUAGGAAGAACCUUAUCCACUAAUUUAUAAUUUUUGAACCCCUAUUUCUCACU